AUGGUAACGUUUGUAAAAAAUCGAAACAAACGAUAUGCCUACGAGAUAAUGCUUCAUACACCAGCGUUAGGUGAAGACGUCUUUGCUUUUGAAAAAUUCCGGACCUCCAAGGCAAGUCUGCACAAGUCCAAGGAGAAGGUUUCAUCUGACGGUGCUGAGGAAAAGCUACUGCAAAAGGAGGACGAGGCGAAAAUCACCACACGCGUAGAUAUGGCUGACGCCAAGUAUGUGGUCGGUGACCAUAGAAAUGGGGACGCUAAGAUAGAACUGGAUGCUAAUAAGCGGCAAUUCACCGGACUCACAAAGGAGGAACUGAUGAAGUAUGCAGAGGACCCAUUCUGGAUACGACUCCGGUGGUUCAUGUUCAUAUUGUUCUGGGCGCUGUGGCUGUGCAUGCUGGCGGGGGCCAUCGCCAUCAUCGUGAAGGCGCCCAAGUGCUCUCCGCCGCCACCACGCACAUGGUAUGAGAAGGGACCUCUAGUAGACAUGUCUUCGGUGGAAGACUACAAUGAUAUUAUCAAUGACCUGGAAACGCUGGAAAACUAUCAAGUAACCGGUAUAUUCGCGUUUGCGUGCAAAGAUUCAUAUGAAGUGCUGGAAGAACAAAGCUCUUGCCUCGACCAGUUCAAGCAGCUGGUGGAGAAGACCAAGAACGCCGGUGUGAAAGUGAUCGUGGACCUGACAGCAAACUUCGUGUCUAAAACGCAUCAGUGGUUCCAACAGAGCGAAAACGGUACAGCCCCAUACAGUGACUACUUCAUUUGGGCCAAAGGUCAGGAGUUCGACCCUGAGAAGUCCGAGCCAAAGCCACCUAACAAUUGGGUAUCAACACUAAACACACCAAUGUGGAGCUACAGCGAGAAGCGCAAGGAGUUCUACUUGCACCACUUUGAGGAGGAGCAGCCCGACCUCAACUUCCAUAACCCAGAAGUGGUGAAACAGUUCGACGCAGUCUUGAGGAUCUGGAUGCAAGCUGGUGCUGCUGGUGUUAGACUGGUGAAAGCUCGCGAGCUGCUGGUGAACAGCUCGCUGCCGGACGAGGCGGCGCGCGUGGGCAGCGGCAGCGCACCCGGCGCCGACCACACGCAGCACGCCUACUGGCGCCACCGACACACCAGCGACCAGCCCGCGCUCGACCCGCUGCUGGCACACUGGGCGCACAUGGUCGCCACCGCGCAGCCCGCCGAGGAGACGGUGUUCACGAUGGCGGAGGACGGGUCGCGCGCGGAGCUGUUCCUGCUGGAGCGCAACACUAGCGCGCUGCGGCCGCCCGCCGCCGCGCCGCGCGCCGUGCGGCCCGCUGCCGCCGCCGCCGCCGCGCUGGAGCCGCUGCUGCGGCGGUGGCCCCUGCUGCAGUUGACCGACGAAGGUGACGAGGAGGGUGAGCUGGCUGCGUUCGCCAUGUUGCUGCCCGCCGCGCCCGUCCUGGACAUUAAGCAGCUUCCCAAACAUGAGAACGACACAUCUGUUAGCGAGAGCCUGUCGCACGCGGUGUCGCUGCGCGCAGACGCCAGCGUGCAGCGCGGCCGCCACGAGCUUGCAGCUCUCGGCGCCGCGCCCGACCUGCUCGCCUGCGUCAGACUGGCGAAGGGGCACACGGGCUACGUGUCGGUAUACAACGCGGGCGCGGCGGAGGCGCGCGCCGACCUCGCGGCGCUGCGCGCGCUGCCCGCCGCGCUAUCCGUGCACCGCGUGUCGCGCCGCGUGCACGCCUACACCAACUACACUACAAACUUGUCGGUGGAUGCGAACGACGUGCUCGUCCCUCCGAAGUCAUCAAUUAUUUUUUCCUUUGUGCCCAAAACUGAAGGCAAGGAAGAG